AGGAUAUAAAUAAGGGCAGCUAUAGUUCCCGAGCUAGCUACUGUCGUUUGUUUUCAAUAGAACGCGUACACAAGCUAACAUUCAUUGAUUCUAUCCCUGUGAGGUUGGGGUGCAAAUAACCGAGCAAUAUGGCACUCGUGGAGCUUCUUGGAGAGAAAAUCUGCCAAAAACAAGAAAAUGGAGAGCUGGUGUCAGUAGAUACCUCAUCUCUCGUGGGUUCAGGUAGAUACGUGGGCAUCUAUUUCUCAGCGCAUUGGUGCCCUCCUUGCCGCAUGUUCACCCCAGUGCUGGCCAAAUUCUACAAGGAGUUCAAGGAGAAGAAUGAGGGCAAGUUGGAGAUUGUCUUCGUCAGCUCCGAUCAGACUGCGGAUCAGUUCAAAGAUUACUACGUCGGAGAGAUGCCUUGGAAAUGUGUCCCGUAUGAGGAUCGAGAUAGGAAGGAAAAACUUUGUGCUAAGUUCGGUGUGAGGGGUAUCCCAACGUUCAUCAUCCUCGACAGCGAGACAUGCGACGUGGUUUGCAAGCAAGGCAGGAAUAAAGUGAUGGAUGAUCCAGAGGGAGACGAUUUCCCAUGGCGAGAGUAGACUCAGCAUUAGGCCUAUCUUGAUGGAUGCGCUCAACCACCAUCUUUCCAAGUAUAUUGAAGCCAGUUGAAGAUCCCUAAGUUUUGAAACUUACCUGAUUACAAUUACCAUGGUCGUAGCGUCUAUUGUGUUAAUAUUUGUAUCUUUCUGGAAAAAAGGGUUGAUUUUAAUUAUAGGCAUCUAUUAUUUUUUUUCUUAUUUUUAAACUAAGGCGAGGGUGGGACCAUAUCACUGAUGGACCAUAUCCCUGCAAGUAGCUGUCAAAAUUUCUUCAUUUUUAAAUUUCUUGAUGACAAUCACCGUGCUACUUCAUAUUCGUAGGCUUAUGUAUGAAGAAGGUUUUAUAUAAUACCUCUGUAAAAGUACGUUGUUGGUUAAAAUAUAGUAAUAUGCUGUGUAAAUUUUACGCAAUGUUGUGUGAAUAAUACAAAUGAUGAACCUCAUAAUGCCCAACCCGUUCUUUGGACUGAAUACGAAGGCGGAGGGGGUGUCAACAUGUAGGCAAUCUGAUAAGCUGGUUGUUUCUUUCUGUUUUAGAAACUCUUGUUUAAAAAAAAAACGAGUCAUUGUUAAUAUUUCCAAACAUAAUCCAUAUACCAUAAUGUAAAAUAACGGAUCCCUAAUCGAUCUUGAUGUUAAUUCUUUCUUGAUUAAAUGAUUAUGAUGCACAGAGGUUAAUUACUAUUAUUUUCCAAAUAUUUUUUAUGUCACUUUGAUAUUGGUAUUUCACUUAAUGUUUGAAAACACAAGGACUAGUGUAGUAGCUGCGUUAUAAUUUUAGGCCUAUGACAUCAUCAUCACCGGAGCAAUUCAUUUCCCAAAUAAUUAUUUGUUUUCAUCUUCCCAAUCCGGCAGCAUUCUAUAUCAUCGUGCUUAUCCGCAUCUCUUUUUAUGCGGGUUGAAAACAAAUAUCUCAGGUUUCAACUAGAGCGUAAUCGAACAUAAGGUAGAUUACGACGUAUAGAUGAAUAUGUUUAAUAUCGUGUAUGUGUGAACAUAAUAAUUCCAGGACACACUCAUUUCUUUAUACACCUUAUAUGUUUCUAUUUACAUUGUGUGCUGUUCUUUUGUGUUAGAGAUAUGAUCUCGAUGACGAAAGUCUGAGAGAAAUAAAGUUCAACUUCUAAUCUUAAAAUGUACAGUCCAAUGCCGCACUGGGAGCACUGUUAAAGGGUGCAACUUUGCACGUUUAAGACCAUAAAGGUGUUGAUUACACCUGAAAAAAUGUUCAUCAGUGUGGAACAAGUUGAACUAUUUUUCUUGAGAGUGUAUAUUUCAGUGUAGACUUGAGUGCCAUUACAUCCGUUCCAAUUAAUAAUUUCAUUUUUUUUUUCAAGUUUGGUGUUGACUAGCCGGUGAUGGUGUCCGGACAUUGUUUCUGUAUACAAACCACAUCACACAUGAGCCCAGUGCUUGCAUGGAUUGACGUAAUUCGGCAGCUCGUCCCAUGCGCGUUCUUCAAACGAUAUAUCUACGCAUACGCUUUCUACAACGCACUGAUUCCUUUUCAAAUAUAAGUCAAAUCACAAUGGACAGCUGAAUUUUUUUUGUCGGGACAGCAGAUCGUCCGAAGAUUCGAACCGGACGGAAAAUAGCAUGUAUGACUUUUGUCCAGAGUCCAGGACGUCGGACACUGAUGUUUUGGAAAAUACUGUGUUGUCUUCAAGGGCUUUUGAGAAAAGGUUCUGCGUUCUAGAAAGCGUCUACAUAUUGAUUGCGGAAUGUCAUAGGAGACAAGGUCAUCGUGGACUUGUCAAUUCCACUUGUUUGUCAUAGAACCACUUUCUUUCGUUUAUUUUCAUUUGAUGGUAAAGGAAAGUAAAGUACUCCACAGGUUUGUGUAAAUAUUUUUUUGUAAGUUGAAUAUCGAAAUAAGAGUAUUUUGUAUAUUAUCUUCUAUAGAUACUAUGUAGUGCAAUCCUUUGAUGUGUUCUCAUGCAUUUCGGGGAAAUUUUAUUACAUACUCUUUUAGUUUUAUAUUUCAGUCUUUGUUUAUGACAACUUAUUGGAGUGACAAAUUAUUUUGUGUCUUAUUGUUUUGUAAAAAAAUAAAAAUAAAGUUUCUUUUCUAACUGGA